AUGCAGAUCGUCCACCGUCACGUCCCGCCGCACUCGUGGUACGUCCUCGCCGUCUUUUACGCCGUCGCUUCGAUCAUCGAGGGCGUCGGCCUCUGGGUCAAGCACUCCAUCGCCGCCUCGGCCCUCCUCGUCGACCACAGCGACGGCGACGAAUCGGCCGCCGAGCGCGACAGCCUUGGUGACGACGUCCACGAUGCGCGCACCGGUAGCCACAUCGCUACUUUUGGCUUGGGCAGAGCCGACGUCCCACCCGUCUCAGGCCGCGCCGUCCACCGCAGGAUCUCCGACCUUUCGCGCGGUGGAGCGCGCCGGUGGUGA